GCAGUUUCCGCUUCCGUUUCCCGCCUCCAGAUCCUCCACGAGGCCGCCAUUGUGCAAGCAGCAGCAGCAGCUAGAGGCUCGUUCCGGCCACCGCGUGAAUCAGCAGCAGCAAACCCCGUGCAGGCAGAAAUCCAUGGCGUCGUACGUGCGCGUGGCGGAGGACGAGGGCGAGGAGCCGAUCGAGAUCCCCGCCGAGGAGGACGGCACCGUGCUGCUGUCGAGCGUCGCCGCGCAGUUCCCAGGCGCCUGCGGCCUUCGCUACCGCGCGGGCGAGGGUCGCGCCCUGCGCGGCCUGCGGCUCGCCGAGGGCGCGCUCCACCCGCCCGAGCCCGCAUCCUGGGGCAUCCACGUGUACCUCGUCACCUUCCCCAAGGACAACAAACGCAAGAUGGACGAGAGCGAUGCGUGGAACGUGGCUAAGAUCAAGCGCUCCGUGCAGAAGACGUCCGACCUCAUCGUGCUGGGUCUGCCGUGGAAGUGCAACGAGCAGGACCUGAGGGAUUACUUUACAGAGGUUGGGGACGUGCUCAUGGUUCAGGUUAAACGCGAUGCCAAGUCUGGAACUUCGAAGGGGUUUGGUUUUGUCCGCUUCAGCGAGUUCGAGAGUCAGUUGAAGGCCAUCUCACAGCGGCACUUGAUUGGUGGCCGCUGGUGCGAUGUCAAGCUGCCCAAUACCAAGCAGCAGCAGUCGGAAACGGGUUUCCACAGCAAAAAGAUCUUUGUGGGCCGCUGCCCGCCUGACCUGACCACGGAGGACCUGCGAGCAUACUUCAGCCAGUUUGGAGAAGUCACGGACGUCUUCAUCCCCAAACCUUUCAGGGGAUUUGCCUUCGUGACUUUCACAGAUGAGCAGGUGGCAAACAGCCUGUGUGGAGAAGACCUCAUCAUCAAGGGGUCCAGCAUUCACAUCUCCAGUGCCGAUCCCAAGGGCACCAACAACGCCAUGGGGAACGCCAAUCCAAACUUCUCGGCGCUCGGCCUCAAUCCGCAGCACCAGUCGCAGUCGUUCACGGUCAACACUGCCGCCCUGGAGCAAGUGGCGCGCUACGCAAACUUCGGCUCUUCCAGCGGAAGCUCGAGCGGCAAUAACACACCCAGCAACAACUACGGUUAUGGGUACGGCUACGGGUAUGGGAAUAACCCCUUUGGUCCGUUCACGGGGUCAAAUUCGACGUCGAAUGCCGCCCAGUCCAGCCACGGGUCUUCGUCCUUUAAUCGCGGCGGCGGCGGCGGGAUGAACGCCGCGGGGGGUGCAUCAAAUUCCUCCAGCAUUGGCGGCGCAGCAGGUGACGGCAGCAUGAAUCCGCUUGGCUCGUUCAAUCUCAGCCCCGCGGUGAUGGCUGCCAUGAUGCAGAGUGGUUGGAAUAUGAUGGGGAUGUUUCAGGGGCAGGGGCAGGGUCAGGGGCAAGGCCAUGGCCAAGCGCAGCCUUUGGAGCAGUCGCAGGCAAAUAAGUCCGGGGGAUAUGGGGUGAGUGGUGGGCAGGGAGGUGGCUAUGGGGGAUGGGGUGGAACUGGAGGAUCUACGGGGAGCGGAGCAGCGCACAGCACCCAGUCUUAUGCCUCCUCCAGCUACGAGGCCAAACCACAUGGCUGGUAAACGCUUCCUUUGUGUAACUGCUUAACAACAGUGUAUGCAUUGUAAAACAGUGUGAUACAUUUUAGAAUUAUUUUUUAUUAUUGCAUCAGUUUUAUAAUUCUGUUAACUUCAACGUGUGCGAGUGUAGUGUAGCGGUUAGUGCGCUACGCUACGAACCCAGGAACUCGAGUUAGAUUUUUGCUCACGGCCAACACCAGUGACGAUUACCUGAAUCAGUCCUGGGCCUCCCCGAGGAAGACUCGGCCUCAAAUGAGUGCCUGGUGCGGUGCACAAUCAUCACCACUGGGGAGACAAAAGGCGUAUGGGCAUGGUGCCUGCCACCCAUCCCCUCGUGUGCCGUGCCGGCCUUCAUAGGUGCUCGCUAACAGCGCUUGCUCCAACAGUCUGUUAAAUUGUCUGAGCUGGAAAAUUUAAUUUGAUCGUUUUUUUUGUGAAGUCAUUGGUAAGAUCAUCUGCUACACUUGUGACUCAUCUUCAUCAUCGCAGUUGUCUAGAUUCGAAUCCAGAAUCAGUUGUCCUGAUUCGAAUCCAGAAUCAGUUGUCCUCUUAGCAUUCUGAGCCACAAUGCAAAAGUAAUACAUUUUUAUAACAGUAUCGCAUAUUUAAUUACCCCACACGCUGCUCAAGAAUGGUAUACAGCGCGAUACAUUUUUAAAAACGGUGGUUGGAUACCCACGUGCAAGCCGCCAUCUCGGCCACCAUAGCCCCCCCAACAUCUCUUCACAGCCAGCGGAAGAACGGGCUUGGUGACUUGCCCCCCUCCCCCAAGCAGUCCAUAGCUUUGCACGUCAGCAUCUAGUAUGUAAGGCUCUUGCUCACCAAGAGGGACAAUUUGGGCUUCCACCAAUCACGGUCGUUGGCUGCUGUUCUCACGAUGCGCCCCCCCCCCCCCGCAUUGUCGCGUGGUCAGUUUUCACUUUUCCACAAUAUAAAUCUGAUGGUAAUUUUCUAGAACCGAUAGAUGGAGAAUGUGUUCAAAAAGUUGCAAGUGUUAUAUUCUUCACAGUACUGUUCAGUAACUUACGAAAUAAAAUGUGUUUUGGGGAAAUCGUUCAUUUGCAAGAUCCUGAUUUUUAAGAGCUUGUUGGUGAACAUGCACCUUUCAUUAAAGUGGCCAUACUGUCAUCCUG